GUGGGAAUAAACGCCAUCAGAGAAAUUCUUGCCAACUGCCCAUUUGCAGCAACUGAAGAGCUGCUUAGAGACUUAGCUGAGUAUAAAACGUACAAGAAUAAAAAUGUCUCGAUGGCUGCUCGUGCUCUCAUCACCCUUUUCCGCGCUGUCAAUCCUCGUUUGUUGGCUAGAAAGGACCGUGGCAGACCAGCAGAUGGCGGAGAAGAGAAAGAAUUCCUUGCUUUUGCGAAGCCUGCAGUAGCGGAGUUUGUGCCUGAUGCAGAAAUUCUAGAGGAGCACCGGGAAGAUACAGGCGAAAUGGAAGUAGAUGAUGUCAGCAGCAGCGAUGGCAGUCUAGACGUUUCCGACGUCGACACUGACGAUGUUGCUUCUGAUGACGAAUCACCAGCAGGUAAGCGUGCUCGUUGCGAUGAGGAAAUGGAAACAGAUGAUGAUGAAGACGAAGAAGAAGAUGAUAGUGAAGGCUGGGUGACUGACAAUGGAGAGGAAGAAGAGGAUAUGGAGGAGGUAUCAUCAUCAAAAGGCUCGAAAGUACAGGACAUGGAUCCAAAAAAGAAAGCGGAAAUGAUCAGCACAGAGCGUAUCCUUACUCAGGAAGAGUUCAAACAAAUUCGACUUUAUCAAUUGAAAAAGAAACUCAUUGGUGAGAAACGUUUGAAAAAACAACUAGGGGCCAACAAAAAGAAUGAUGAUGUCAGACUUAUAGAAGAGUUAGGAGAGCGGAUGGAAAGACGUGACGGAGGUGAUGGCUUACCUCGUUUGAGCGAUAUAGAACAGUUCCAUAAGAAGCGAAAGCAAACAAAGGAGGAACGCUUAGCAGAUAUAAAGGAAGGACGUUCUGAAGACCAUAAAUUUGGGCGACCCAAGAAAAGUGUGAGUCUUUUUUCUCAUUCUGCUGCCCAAAUUUAA